AUGGGAACCACGGGGAGAGAUCCGACGCCGAAGAUCGAGCAUCAGCUGGAAAAUAAGGAGGAGGAGGGGGUGGUAAACAGGGGAGCGCGGCUGGUCCAACAGAGGUGCAGGAUAUGCGCGGGCUCGGUGCGGCGAGUCGAGGCGAGGGAGCCCGAAGACGGUGGUGGUGAGGCUCAGGCCGGACAGGCUGUGUGCGUCUUUGGCGAGGAGGGCAGGAAGAGGAGCUUGCAGAGGAACGUGCUCAAGUACCUGCACAUUAGGAUAACUUCAGAAGACACUUUGCCGAAAAUGGUGUGUACGACGUGUAUCGAUAAACUAGAUGGGAUUCACGACUUUGCGACGAUGGCACUGAGGAGCCAAGAAAAACUGAAACAGGAGCUUCUGAGGGUACCCGGCGAUCCAACAAUUGUUGUCGACAGUUUGGACAGUUGUCCAGAUAAGCUCGAAGACCGCGGUCUUCUGCACUCGAUAUUGACAAAGGGAUCCAUCGACACCUCGAACGGCGGAGAGUCACCCCCUUGGCGCCAAAGAACACCGAGCACGGAGGAAAUGGAAGUAAAAAUCGAUCCCAUGCUGUUCCUCCAGUGCGCCCUCGAGCAAGCUUCGUCGGUCGAUUGCUCCGAUUACUCGGACGACGACUCCGACAAAGAAGUCACCUCUUACGGCACUCUGACCUCCGAGCCAACGACAAACAGGGCCCACAAGAAAAAGCACACGUCGAGCUCGACGGCCGAAGAAUCCCAGGCGAAAAGCCACCGCGACAGCAACGACAACGAAAACAGCCCCGACAACGCGGUGAAGUGCAACUUCAUCGACGAGCCGGAUUACUACGACGAUUACGAGGACCAUCGUCCGGCUUACUUGGAAGAAUCGCACGACGCCAAAGUAAACAAGCCGCACUCGUGCAAAGUGUGCGACAAGCCCUUUGCCUCGCAAUUGGCGCUUCAGAAUCACCUGUGGUCCCACUUGCCAACGACAACGACGACCACCACGCCAAACGGUCAGGACUCUUCGUCCUCGCUAAUACUCAAUGGCUGCGGGGUGGAAAAUCAUCUGCUCGGCGAGGCGAGCUUCAUCUGUCCGAUAUGCAGCAAGAGGAUCUCGACGAAGGGCAACCUCAAGGUGCACCUCGAGACCCACAGGCCCAAGGGCAAGUACGGCUGCGACAUCUGCGGGAGGAUCUUCAAAACGCAAUCCAACCUCUUUCGUCACAAGGAGUACCACAGCAACGUGCAAUUCCCGUGCUCGGUGUGCGGCCGGGUUUACCCGACCAACUCGACCUUACGAGCGCACAGCAUAACCCACUCGGACCUCCGGCCUCACGCGUGUCCCCUGUGCGACAAGACCUUCAAGCGCAACCAGGACCUCAAGUUCCACAUCAACCAGCACACCGGAGCCCGGCCCUACCAGUGCCCCUACUGCCCCAAGGCGUUCGCGAGCUCGGGCAAUUGUUUCUCGCACCGCAAGCGCAUGCACCCGAAAGAGGUCAACCGGGACCGGCAACGAGCCGCCGAUCUGAUGAGAUGAGUCGCGCUGGGGUGUGAUGACGCAGAUCAACGUGCAGCCGACAACGAGGAUAAAUUUAUGUCUUAAUAAAAGAGAUGGUAUCGACUCAUUGAAACUGACCCCACGGCGCGUGCCAUCACAUCGAGGAAACGGUCUAGCCCUGUGAUAAUAAUAAAAAAAAAACCAAUGACGAUCCGACAAACGAGCUUAAGUGUCUUUUCAUUUUGGUCGGACGCGACAACAAAAAUGGGAGGGGGGGGGGCUGAAUCUUUUUGAAAGUGAGUGUUGAAACGAGAAAAUCGUCACGCACAAUAAAUUGGACGCGUGGUGACGGAGAUGGGUGUGUUGAAGCAAAAAAGAGGACAUUGAAAGACUGCAAAGUAACAAAAGAAGAAGAAGAAGAAGAAACAAAUAAUGUAUAACGAAUUCACGUGUGUCAAAUUAUUUAAUAAGUAUAUCGUUAUGAAAUACGGGCGUUGUUUGUAAUAACCAUGAUAUACAUGUUUCACGUGGUCGAGUUUAGCGAUUCUCGUAGUUUCUUCAACAUUAAUAGAUCGUGUAUUUAUCCGUUAGAAAAAGUAUGAUAUUUGAGGAAUGCUCUCGUAAAAUGCGAUAACGUAUACGUAUGAGUGUACGAUAAAUUGAUGUUCAUACCUGAAUAUAGAAAGAGAAUGCGUGAUUUUAGAGUAAUAUAUAUAUAUAGAAUCGACAUUUAUAAUUCCUCCAACAGUAUUAAAUAUUAGAACCUACGAAAUUGUGGUGAUUAACUAAUGACCAAAAGAUAUUAUGUCUUCGUGUAUAGUGAUAGAAAAGGAAAGAAAAAAAAAAAAUAGUGCUUCCGUAAACUUGAAACAAUUGUACUAUACGUAUUAUGAUUGUAAAGAGUCCCAGUACGUGUAUUCAUAUAUAACGACACGUGUGUACAAUACCUAGGUAUAAUUUAGUAUGUAGAAAUAAUCUUGUAUUUUAUAUUGAAUUUUUUGUAACGGUAGUUUAGCGAAGGAAAUUUGGAAUAAAAUUAAAAAAACAAAAAGAAGAUAACGAACAAAGGUGCUUAGACAUAUUGUAUAGAGAAAGUAAUUCGUAAAGUUACAAUUAUUUUUUUGUCUGCAAAUAAGUCGAUGAGAAUAAUAAAAAUUAUUAGCAAACAUUGAUUAUACGAAUUAGAUCGAAGACUGUGACUACAUAUGUUUGUUAUAUGGUGUGAUGACCAAUAAACAGUAUUAUUUGCCCAA